AUGACUGUCAAAGCCCACAAAUUCACACCAGAGGUGUUGCUUUCGGCACCACGCCGCUCAGCUGGUGUACCUAACGCGGAUGGCAGCUCUGUCCUCUAUACCACGAGCACGUACUCCUUCGAUUCCCACGCUAAGACUGUCGAGCUGAGAAGCCUGGACACAAAGUCAAAUGAGAGCACACUUCUGGUUCAGGACAACAGCGUUAGCGAGCCUGUCUGGUUGCCUGGCGAGAAGGAUGUCUUUGCCUGCCUCAAGGGUGAGGACAAGGGCAAGACUUCUAUUCUAAUUGCAACAACCAAGUCUUCCUCUGACUGGAAGGAUUCGACAUACACCGCUGGCUCGAUUGACGCCCCCGCUGGUAGUUUGAAAAUCGUGCAACUGUCCGACUCUUCUUACGCGGUUGUUCUGGCGGCUCAAUGUUCCCCGGACGGUUCUCUAUACAACUCGGAAACGGCUCCCACGACUCACUCCACUGGAAAACUUUACAAGAACCUAUUCGUUAGGCACUGGGAUGACUACGUUACUCCACAGAAGAACACCUUGUGGUAUGCUACCCUGACCAAGGCCAAGGAUGGCAAGUUCGAGUUGAGCAAGUGGGUCAAUGCCCUCAAAGGAGCUGGUCUCGAAAGUCCCAUUCCACCUUUUGGAGGUACAGACAGUUUCGACGUCAGCAAGUCCGGUAUCAUCUUUGUUUCCAAAGACCCAAAGACCAACCCUGCGCUGAGUACCAAGUGCAAUGUAUACUAUGUUAAGCUUCAGAGCUUUACUGAGGAUCCCGCGCCAAAGCCCUUCGAGUAUACGAUUCAAGACUUCAAGGGUGCUAGCUCAUCGCCUAUUUUCUCUCCCGACGGCAAGAAAGCUGUCUUCCUGAGCAUGUACACUGCUGGGUACGAGAGCGAUAAGUCUCAAAUCUUCUUGAUCGAGGACUUGAAGAAGGAUUCGGUUCAACGUUUGUUCGGCCAGACAAAGGAGGGUAGCCUAGACAAGAGCCCACAAAACCUGGCCUUCAGCUGCGACGGUGAGACAUUGUACUUCUCCGCAGAAGAUCAAGGAUACGGUCGCCUAUUUGCAUUGACUUCAGAUCCUACUAAUGGCCAAGUGGUGCGUCCGCUUACAAAUACUGGUUAUGUCUCUGAUAUCCGCCCCUUGGAGUCAGGGGACGUGUUCUAUACUAACAGCUCGCUCGUCGACUACUCAUCGUACAGCAUCAUCGGAACUUCUAAGGCUAAUGCCCAGGCUGCGAAGUGGACACAUUCGUCGUCUAAAGGCGGCUCGUCACUUGGAUUGAAAGUCUCUCAGGUAUCUUCGAUCCAUACACCUGCCUCAGACACGACUGUGAACAAGACUGUACAUUCUUGGGUGAUCAAGCCAUCAAACUUUGAAGAAGGCAAGAAGUACCCGCUUGCACUCCUCAUCCAUGGUGGUCCUCAAGGAUCUUGGGGAGACUCGUGGAGUACGCGUUGGAACCCUGCUGUCUACGCAGAGCAAGGAUAUGUGGUCAUUACACCAAAUAUCACUGGCUCAACAGGUUAUGGCCAGGCCUUCACUGACGCGAUCAGGAAGGAUUGGGGCGGUGCACCAUACAACGACCUCGUCAAUGUUAUCGAUUGGGUUGAGAAGCACAUGCCCGAAGUUGACAUGACAAGAGCAGUGGCUCUCGGUGCGAGCUACGGUGGAUAUAUGGUCAAUUGGCUCAACGGUCACGACCUUGGACGCAGGUUCAAAGCAAUGGUCUGCCACGAUGGCAUCUUCUCCUUUGCUGGCGGCCUUCUUGCGACUGAAGAAGUUUAUUUUCCUUUUACGGAUUUGGGCGGUUUACCCUGCCGUCAUCUCGAUCACUGGCAGACACCCCAGCUGGUCAUCCACAACGAGAAAGAUUAUCGUCUGUGUAUCUCUGAAGGACUCGCCGCUUUCAACGUCCUCCAGGCCCGCGGCAUUGAUAGCCAGUUCCUCACAUUCCCUGAUGAGAAUCACUGGGUCCUCAAGCCAGAGAACAGUUUGGUCUGGCACAAGGUUGUGCUGAACUGGAUCAAUAAGUACGCUGGUCUCCCACCAUACUGUAAAGAUGAUGAGGAGAGCGAGAGUUUCUUCGGCGGGUACAAAGAGGACAAGGAAGAGCUUGUUGAAAUGGCUGGCAUGGGUAAGCCUGAGACCUGA